CUCUUAGAACACUAAGAUAUGGUAAUCUCAUAGAAGAAUAAAUUUCCGAGAACCCAUUCAAUCAGUAGAUUUGAACCCUAACGAUCGUUUAUAUACCGUGCAUGCAUCAACAACCAGAUGUUGAAAGAUCUUUGUUCGCUUCAAGUCAAAUAUUGUAGUAUGUGGAAUUAUCGAAAUAUCUAUAUCGACCCGUAUAAACUAAACAAUACUCAUCGCAUCGUUAUAAGUUUUAUUACGCAUUCGUUUAUAAAUAAAAAUGCUUGUCUUCCCCAACCAUUCUUUUCCCACCAACACAACGAAAAGAUGGAAAAAAUAGAAAGUUGAAUGCGUUCAUUAUUAAUCGUCUGUGUAGUGUUAUAAAACUGAAAACGAACGAUUUCCAGGAAAAUGGGAAAAUGUGAUUACAUUCAAUAGGAAUGCUCAGUACAUUCCACUAUUUAUCUCAAUAUAUUCAAUGUCAUAUAUUUCAAAUUUAGUAAUAUAAUUGCAAUUACUCAUUCCAAGUUUACUCCAGUCAAACAAUUUUUACUAUUACGAGCGUGUGUACCGUGCAUAAAAUGAGUAUUGAAGCUGAUAAGUGAUCGGUACGGUAAUUUUAAUUUCUAAUUUCUUCGCACAGAUUUUCACUCACACGAUUCAUGCUAUUUUUAUUCUCGCACGAGUGUGUGAAGAAAGAAAAAAAAACGAAUAAAAUCACUUGUGGAAAUCGUCUUACAGUUUCUCUGUGUUACAUUGAGAAAUUUUUCAUCUCGAUUCAUAUGUAAAGCAUCCCAACCACAUACGAGAUUGUACAGAAAUAAAGUAAACCCGCAAAAAUCAACCAAAAAUACUUUCAGCUUCUUCAGUUUUGUACCAGGACUUGAGAAAAUCGUGUUUAAUCAGUGGCUUUUGAGUCUAUUUUUUUGUACUUAUUUUGUUUUACGUAUGUGUGUGAAUGGAAAACAACAAAAAUUCUUGUUGGAAAAUUAGGAAAGAGAUAGUGUCACAUAAAAUGGAAAUAUAGACGAAAUUGUUGCUAGAAGUAGAUUUGACCAGUUGACGGUUCUCGAUGUACAUACCCGUCUUUGUAACUUUUUCAUUCUUAACUCUUAUUUGAGAAUAUUUAAGAAUUUAUUUAUACGACAUUGUCUAUGUAGUCGUGAACCAUUGGAACACUAUUCUAUGGCACAUUUAAACCGAUUCUCAAACGAUUUUAACUUGACAUGGUGAAAUUUGUGUGCUUUUUCUAUAAAAUGUUCAUUCGAUAAUAGAACGACAAAUAAAAUAAAAUUAAAAAAAUCCAAUAAAUAACGACAGUUCGGUAAAACAAAACAAUCCAAGAGACAAUUUCCCCAUUUACUCGCCUGAAUCAAGAAAUGUAUUCAUAUCAGCGAAGUAUUAGCACGAAUCAAAUUUCAUCUAUGUACAAUCGUUCCCCAUUCGAUUAUCACCAAUCGAAUACGAGAUAUCCGAAUUUGCAACGAUCCAAUAGUGUUAUUGUUAGUAAACGGGGUUUUAAACCGUCUGAUCGAUUCGAUCCGGCUAAGAAAGAAUUUUUGUUGCAACUGAGCAAAAAAAUUUGGCAAAGGGAUGCAGCACCUGGAAAACCAGUUGAUUUACAAAAAAUACUCACACCAGCCGAAGAUGCUGAAGAGAUUGUUCCGCAAAAAAAUCGCAAACUGUAUGCAUCUUCAGCAUUUUUCACGCCUGGCCUCCAUCCAACCGUUGAAGAUCAAGUUGAGUUGGCUCGACGAAUAUCAUCAUCAUUAUGCGAUUCCAGUAAUCAACAGUCCAAAGGACAGUCUAUGUAUGUUAACCGAAUGAAGAGAUCUGUUAAAUGGGUGCACGAAGGGGAAGGAGAAGCGGACAACCAACAAUAUAAUGGAUAUGGUGCGGAUAACAGCAAAGAAAAUCAUGAAUUUCAACAAAGAGAUAAACUUCCGCUGAAACUAGUAAUGGAUCCACGCGGACAAGUUCAAGAUAUCACUACCUUACAGAAUUGCGGUGUAAGCAUCGAUAGCGGUAUGCUAUCACCAGAUCGAUGUGCUGAACUGGUAACUGCCCUGUAUGCUCCACAGGGAAAAGGAGCCGAACUAUUUGCGAAGAGACGUAAGCGCUCCGAAAAAUGGAUCGUUGAUGAAACGAAUGCGGCUACAGUAAGUCCAUCUGGGGCACCUGGUGGUUAUAGUCCAAUACCAGCGUACACUGAUUUCGGUGUGCAGCGUGUACAGCAAAACAUGAAAUUGGAUCAAAUCCAAGCUAAAUAUUCUGAACCUCGAGUGAAACUCGUUAAAUCGCCAUGGGAGGCAGCACUUCAGACUGGGUUUGCGAAUACUGCUUUCGAGGAACCUCAAUCCUAUCAACAAGAUAGAGGUUAUUCUGCACCACCUCCACAACAACAACAGCAGUCUCAGCAGCCGCAACACCCUGAUCCUUAUGGCACUCCGCCAUAUCAGCCAUAUAGUCAGCCAUCACGUCCGGCUCAGCCAAAAUCUAGCUCCAACAGCAUGCGUGACUUAGCUUAUAAGCCAAGUAUUCCACAGGGAUGGAACGCUCCCCCACCAAAUUUGCCUUCAGAUGUGCAUUCUGAUCAAUUGUCGAAUUCAACAAUUAACAGCGAAUAUAUGGCGCAACAGCAAUUGAAACAAAUCGAUGACAGUGUCCAAUAUAACAAAGAAAUCCGACAGAUUGAUGUAAAAUCGUCAUCAACAGAAAACAAUAACACAAACGGUUAUUUCAUCAACAAAGAAGUGAUAGCAACCAAAGAGCUAUCCAGUAACCGAUCAGCAGUUGAGACCGUUCAACUGAGACACGUUCAAACUAACGCACCGAAUGGUGGAUGUAGAACAACAAAUGGAAAUCGAUCAAACGAUUGUUCCAACAAAGAGAAUGAGGAAAAUUAUGAAAACGAAGAAUACACAAAAGUUCCAGUGAAGGAUUUGAUUUGUACAUUUGAAAAACAAACGCGUCCGGUUAUACGAUAUAAAUUACGCGAAGAUAAAUUGCCAGAACCGUCGAAGAUGACUAUCGGCUUAAGUGUGGAUGAGAUGAAGCAAUCGGUUACACACUCGACUAGCGAGGAGCAUAAGAUAACGUUAAGUCAAAAUGAGCAAUUUGAACAGACUGACUCCUAUUCGUACAGUCAAAAUGGAACUGAGUUUUACGAUGAAUUUGAAUCGUCAAAAAAUGAAAACUUUAUUAAUGGAAACGAUGAAACUGUAAAUGCCAACAUCGAUAAACAACAAGAUGUGUACACUCCACCUGAAAUCCCAUUGCAUGUGUAUGGUGCUCCGCCAACCAAUAACUAUUUGCCAGCGGUGAAACAGCCACAGUACAAUGCAUCAAGUUAUCAGGCACCACCACCCAGCUCCGUGUAUUCGCCGUAUCAACAGCAAGCAGUGUCUCCACCAUCAUCUGCUUACUAUAAACCGAAUCCAAUUAAUUACAGUCCACCGAACCAAGGAAUCAAUCAAAAUCAACCGUCGACAACAUUCAACCCUUCACCGAUAGCAAACGACAAACUUGCAAUUUUCGAACAAAGUCAACAAUAUCAAUCGUCCCAACACCAAUCUCGUCAACAAACGCGCCGACCACUGACCGUUCCCAACACAAUCGUCCGGAAUCAAUCUCCACUGCCAUACGGCAGUAGUCCCGUCUCGAAGCCGAACUAUGGUCAACAACAGAAAUACCCAUCCCAAGCACCUCCACAAGGACAACCAAUAACUCUGUACAACAAUACAAGCAAAAAUACGUAUCAAUCAUCGCAGGACAACUAUUCAUACCAAUCGUCACCUGUCAGCAAUCCAAGGUCUCAAAUUAACUUGGACCAAGUGGAAAAUUAUAAUCGAGCUGCUCGUGGAUGGGGACAAACGAGAGACUACUACCGUCCGAUCACUUUCUCGAAGCCAAAGGUCGCGUUACCGUAUUCGGACUUUUAAAUUCAAAUAAAUUUGAAACAGUUAGUCUUUGUUAAGUUUUUUGAAAAGCUAAAUCGAAUUAUUGUGGGAGAAUUAAUUUUAUUACCGAGGAACUUGUCACAUAUAUCGCGUUCGCUUAAAACAGUGUGUCGGGUCACCAGUUGAUUUAAAUAAUUUUCUUGCUUUUACAGUUUCACAUGUGCGCAUUAAGUAUAUUUUCAAUUGAAAAUUACGAUUUUUUUUUGUUUAUGGUUUAUAAGCACAGAGCUUGACACACCGGUUUCAAUUUGUUGUGUUUUUAUUGUUUGAAGUAAUUUGUCUAUAAUAAAUCAACAGGUCGCUGUUAUAACGAAGUUGAUUGAAUUGCUUUUAGUUCUUCAUCAAUUUAAUGACCCCACAAUAAUAAUAAAAACAAAUCGAAACAUUAUGAAAUGACACUAUUGUUAUUAUUAUUUAUUUAUCUAAACAUGAAAAAUAUGAUGAAAACGAAUGGAAAAUGGAUCUGAUCCAAAGAACAUGAAACUUAGUAAUUUAAUGUAGAUUUAAACAUUUUCAGCUGGGAUUGUAAACGAUUUUUUUUUAUAAUUUGCUUUUGAUUUUUGUUAAUGUGAAAAAUGCAAUCAUUUUAAUAUUUUCAGCAUUGUUUACAUAAAUCGCUUUAAAAAUAAAUUAUGAUUCCCCAGUGAAUAAACAAUUUUAACCAAAAAAUAUUGAAAGGUUAAAAAAAGAGAGUUUUUAGCAUUAAAGAAAUUAGCUUCAAAAUGGAAUGUUUGUUCAAGAUUAUACAAGAAAGAAAAAAGCUAAAACAUAUUACACAACUCGCUUUAAAAGUCUUAAAAUACACAAUUUUUAUUUUGGUUUUGAUUGAAGUUUAUUUCAUUUCAAAGGAUUUUAUCAUUAUGCCGAAUAAAAUUGAUACACAAAUUACCAAACUUG